AUGUCUACCGCCAACCAUCCAACAGAGAUACUCUGUAUCAUAUUCCACGUCGUCCGUCGGGACGCUUUGGACCGCGACGAGGCCGAUAUGUCGUGGGCGCGACUAGGAGGUGAAGGGGAAGGGGCCCAGGAUAGGGAUGGCCAAGACUAUACCAAUCUCGCCAUGUCAGGAAAGCCUCAUACCCGGCCCACCCCCGCCGCGCCGACGAGGAGAAUCAAGUCGGCGCCGUCAGCAACGCGAGCAGUGACAGGAACAGCGAUAAGGAAUAAAGCACCCAUUGAAGACAACAGUUACACCGCACGCGUCCCACCCACCAAGCGCAAGAGGUUGCCGGGUGGCUCCUCGGUAAACGUCGGCCAAUUCAAGAAGUCCAAGCGGCCGCGUAUCCCGGUCGACGUCCUCGACCGUCUCUGCACGGUGAUGCCUAACGCACCGUGUCCGUGGCCGACGUGCACGGAAAAAUUCCAAUUGGUGCAGACGGGCGAGGGCGAGGGCGCUGCCCGGUCGAAGUGCAAGAUUACGGAGCACUUCAGGGAGCACGUCGAAGAUGGCCGCAUCUUCAAAACGAACGGAGCGAUCGUGUGCCGCGCUUGCCACAAAAAGGACCAGGGGAACACCUUCGUUCGACACGUGAAGGCAGCUCACUGGCAUGCGAGGUGGGGGUGCUUGCUCACCCUGCACGGACUGGAGUGCUCGUGGCAGGGGACACGGCCCGGCGAUGUUUCCCAACAUGUUGAGCGGAAACACCGUGGACACAUUGACCUACUUCCCUCCCUUCCUACGUAA